ACUUUCUACCCCAUCUUCAUUCCGGAGGACGCCCUCAACAAAGCGAACAGCAACAAAAAAGCUAAAAGCGUGUCUGCUAGGCAGCUGUACUACAUUCUGUAUAAUUUGUAGCAAAAGGAACCAAAGGCCCGACAAAACGAGAGGACACGAUGGCGGCUGUUCAUGAAUUUAAAGUUGAAAUGACCUGCACCGGCUGCUCCGGAGCGGUAGAACGUGUACUCGGUAAGCUGAAAGAAAAAGUGGAAAAAGUGGAGAUUGACCUGGACAACAAGAAGGUGUUCGUUACGUCCACCCUGUCGGCGGAUGAUCUGUUGGAGACGAUCAAAAAGACUGGCAAGGAAACGAGCUACAUUGGACUAAAGCAAUGAAGGGGCAAAGCAGAGGAGACCACUGGAAUCCAGAAGGACGAUGCAAGAGAACCAUUAUUUCUGUGUUUAAUUACGUGUAAACUUUGUGCUUGUAUGUUUUCCACAAUAUUUCCCUUCCGUCGAAGCUGAUCAUCGAGCAGACUGGAUGGAGGAGAUAGAGAAUAUAAAGUAAUAUAUAUUUUAAAUACAGUUUAACAAAAUA